CUAUAAGAGGCAAAGCUGGCUUUGUCUUCGAAAAGAGAGGUGGGUGGUUAGUUAAUACAUACGUGAUACGACGACUCCAUUUAAUAAGGAAAGCAUAGCAUGGGAUGGGCGAUAGCUUUGCACGGUGGAGCCGGCGACAUUCCGGUGGACAUGCCACCGGAACGUCGACUCCCCCGUGAAGCCGCCCUUCGGCGUAUUCUCGAGAUGGGUGUCUCAGCUUUUAGUAACGCCAAAUACUCUCCCUUAGAUAUUGUUGAACUUGUGGUACGUGAACUUGAAAACUCGCCUCAUUUUAAUGCGGGUAAAGGGUCUGUUCUGACCACUGAUGGAACUGUUGAAAUGGAAGCUUGCAUCAUGGAUGGAAAUUCAAAGAGAUGUGGUGCAGUUUCUGGUAUCACAACAGUUGUCAAUCCCAUCUCUUUGGCCAGACAGAUAAUGGGAAAAACUCCACAUAUUUAUCUUGCAUUUGAUGGCGCAGAGGCCUUUGCACGAGAACAGGGGCUCGAAACUGUAGAUAAGAGUCAUUUUAUUACUCCUGAAAACAUUGAGAGACUAAAGCAAGCAAAAGAAGCAAACAGAGUUCAGCAAGAUUACACUCAGCCUAUUAAAAAAGGUGGUGAAAAAGAGAUGCCACUUCCAGAUGGGGACAGCAAACUUGGAACCGUUGGAUGUGUAGCUGUCGACAGUUUUGGGAACCUAGCAGCUGCAACUUCCACUGGUGGUCUGGUCAACAAGAUGGUGGGAAGAAUUGGAGACACACCCAUCAUUGGUGCAGGCACCUACGCCAAUAAGUUUUGUGCCGUUUCUGCAACUGGCAGAGGUGAAGCCAUAAUCCGUGAGACCGUGGCUAGAGAUGUGGCUGCAGUCAUGGAAUACAAAGGAGUAAGUCUGAAAGAAGCCGCCGAAUAUAUUGUACAUGAAGUUUCACCAAAGGGAACCACUGGUUUAAUUGCAGUGUCUCCUAAAGGUGAAGUUGCCAUGCCUUUUAACACGACGGGGAUGUUUAGAGCUUGUGCUACCGAAGAUGGGUUAAUGGAGGUUGCAAUAUGGUAAUUUGAAUGAUGGUGGUGUUUGGUUUGCAGUCUAGAAUUACUGAUGCGUAUACGACGUUUGAUGAAUCUAUGGUAGGCUGGGAUUUGAAUAGGAAUUGGACUCAAACCCAUUUCUUUCUUUUUUUUUUAGGUUUGGGUGAUUCUGAUAUAUUUGGUUGGGGAAAUGAUUAAUCAUCCUAACCAAAUAGCCUAGCAAUCAUCCUAAUCAUGAAAUGAUGACACGUGAAAAAAAUCAAGGGGCAAGAUUAGGAAAAAGAAUUACGGAGUAGUAGAUAUCACAUGUCACCUUCUUAAUGUUUUAGGAGGAUUAUUAUGCUAUCUGGUUAGGAGGAUUUAACAUUUUCCAUUUGGUUAUCAUCUACUUUUAUUAAACCAAACACAAUCUAUCACUGUCA